UUAUUUUCACUGAAGAAGAAAAUUUUGAGGUGGCCGUGGGUCGUGGCCUCCCCUUGUCAUAACUAAGAUCCGUCCCUGCAGAAAUCCUGCCUUGGAGCGGCAAAUUCUAAAAUAUAUCGACAUUUGUCCGUUAAAUUAAAACUUAAAAAAUCAUAUUUAGAGUUUCUUUACUUUGCAAACAACCGUAGGUAAUAACAAAACAUUUAUUGUAAGAUUAAUUAAUCUAAUCUAGGAUAUAUGAACAAAAGUUGCCUAACGUAUUUCCAUCUCCAAUUUCCAAACAGCAACUGCUUUAUUAUCAUUUAUCAUAUAGUCUCUCGUGACAACUCACAAGUUGUGGCAAACACAAAACAAUGUUGGUAGCUGUUAUUACCAGUUUAUUAUAUUCAAGAGAAAUCAAGUUAGACAAGUUUGGGAAGACUAAUGUCUGGAAUGUAUUGGAAGUUCGGAUUUUGGUUAUGGUUAGUCUAUGCUUGCAAGUAGUGCUAAUCCUUUUUGGCAACAGAAGAAAGUAUAUAGCUGAUAAACGGUUACAAUUGAUGAUUUGGUUCACCUAUUUGUCAGCUGAUUGGAUUGCUACUGUUGCCUUGGGAAUUCUUUCCAAAGACAGCAAAAUUCCUGAAAUAGAUCCAAACUUCAUUAUUAUGGCGAUUUGGGCACCAUUUCUUCUUGUGCAUCUUGGUGGUCCUGACACAAUUACUGCCUACUCCCUUGAAGACAACGAACUUUGGCCGCGACAUAUGUUAGAAUUAAUAUACCAGCUAGCAGUUGCAAUUUAUGUUGUUUACAGAUCAUGGAACGGAAUCCCUCUUAAUUAUGUCACUGUUCCUAUUGUUGUGGCUGGAAUAAUCAAAUAUGGUGAAAGGAGUUGGUCCUUGUGGUCCGGAAGCAGCAAGGGAUUCAAAGAAUCCAUUCUGCCUCCUCCGGACCCGGGACCAAACUAUGCUAAAUUUAUGGAUGACUAUACUGCUAAAAAAUAUGAAGGAUAUCAUGUUACUUUAGAUGAAGUGAAUGAAACUACUCCCACUACCUUAUUGGAUCAUUCUCAAAGGUCAAUGGCAAAUGAAGAAAUUCCAAAUGUCUCCUACUUGCAUGAUGGAUACAAAUUCUACAUAAUUCCGGAGUGCUUGUUUGCAGAUCUCAUAAUUAGUUUUCAAGACCAUAAAAGCAGCCAAAUUUUCUUCCAAAGCAUAGAUUGGAAACAUGCUUUCGAGGUGAUUGCAGUUGAGCUAGGAUUGAUGUAUGAUAUCCUUUAUACAAAGGCAGUGCUAACAUACUCCAAACGUGGCAUCUUCUUAAAAGUUGUAAGCUUUCUCUGUACACUCUUUGCAUUGAUUGGAUUUUCUAUAUUUAAUAAUAAAGAAGUAAACCAUCAUCACCUGCAUAUCAAAGGAACCAAACCAAUAAAUGAUGAUCUGAAUAUUAAAGAAUACAUUCACAUAAAUUAUGACAAAAUUAUCACCUUUGUGCUUUUUGGUGGAGCUAUUCUUUUGGAGAUAUAUGCUGUCAUUGUGUUACUUUCUUCAAGUUGGGCAAUGCUUUGGUUCAGCAAGCAUAAUAAUUGGAGAGUUAAUCUUCUCUACAAAUCCAUCUCAUGGUUUCAAAAAUUUCUUAAACUCUCACACACUGUCACCUGGUCUAAUCAAAUGUCACAAUUCAACCUCAUUAGAUUUUGCUUGAAAGACGAGCCUAUAAAAUGUAUCAAAAUCCAGAAACUCCUUCGCAUCUAUAAGUUUUUUGAGAAGUCUUACUACCAAAAAACAGAAGAGAUUCGUCCCGAAUUGAAAAAACUCAUUUUUGACCAGCUUAAGGAGAAGUCUGAGGAAGCAAUAGAUAUUAAAGCAUGUAAAAAGUUAUGUGCUCACAAGGGUGAUCGAGUUCUUGACAAAUGGCAUUGUAAUGUUGGUGACAUUAACCGUAGCAUUACAGAGGUUGAAUUUGAUCAGAGCAUUUUGCUUUGGCAUGCUGCUACAGAUCUUUGUUAUUCUAAAGAUUCAGAUUUAAAUGCUACUGAUUCAGCUGCCCUCCAAAGUCGUGAAAAAAGCCAAUUGUUGUCGGAUUAUAUGUUAUAUCUUCUUGUUAUGUGUCCUUUUCUGUUGCCUAAUGGAAUAGGACAAAUAAGAUUUGAAGACACAUGUGCAGAGGUGGAUGAACUUUUGAAAGAGAGAAAAUACAUAAAAGAAAGAAGUCAAGUUUGCAAAAUGAUAGAUAGAGUGAAUACAGCUAUUCCACCAUCAGAGGUUAAAGGUGACAGAAGCAAGUCUGUGUUGUUUGAUGCUUGUAGGCUUGCCAAAUCACUAGAGUCUUUAGAAACGGAGGAGAAUUGGUCCAAAGAAAAGAAAUGGGAAAUGAUAUGUCAUGUUUGGGUGGAGAUAUUGUGCCAUGCAGCAAGCCAAUGUAGAGGACUUCAUCAUGCCAAGCAACUUAGCCAGGGUGGUGAAUUGCUUACCCAUGUUUGGCUUUUGAUGGCUCAUUUAGGCAUAACUGAACAGUUUCAGAUUUCUAAAGGUCAUGUAAGGGCAAAGUUGAAGCUCUCAUAAAAUGUUUGGUGAGUACCCAAUUGCCUCUUUUUUUUUUUAUGUUUGCUAUCUUUCUUGACACCUAGAGUAGUUUAAUUACACAAAAUGCUCUUGGCAGUGGGCUCUUGGAAUUUAAAUGUUGUGGUUUAUUUGGAACGUGUAACGGAAGGGUUACUGGGAUUCAACAAACUUCGUGAACUUAAUUGCUCAGCGUGCAUGCUGAACUACUACUAUUACUCGCAUAUUAAUUGUUGUGGCUUUUCAAAAACCAAAAAUGUGCAAUUUAUUUUAGAAGGUAAAGCAUUUUAACUUUACAAACA